AUGGCCUUCGGACCCAGAGCUCGGGAACGCGCGCUGGAGACGGGGGCAGAUGUGGCCAAGCAGAUCCAAGUGAAGCUGACCAGGGGCGAGGUGGAGCACCAGCUGCCCAGCCGCAACAGGAGCAUCAAGAAGAUGGAGAAGAAGUACAAGAUGGGCAGAGAGACCGCGAGGCUGGCCUUUCAGGCCAUGCAGGCAAGGCUCUCCAUGGCCGGCGCGAUGGUCACUUGGUUUGGCAGCGACGCGAUCGUGCAGGCCACGUCCGCCAUGCAACCCAUCCCGGAGGAGGGCCCAGUGGCGCCCCCCACGCCGCCCUCCCCGCGGCAACUCGGCGGGCGCCCGCUGGCGGUGAAGGACGACUUCGACGCGGCGGCGCAGCUGGCGACGGAGGUCCGCGAAGCACUGGAGGCGAAGAAGCAUCAGACCUCCAAAGAGCUGUUUACUCAAAAAGCCUUGAAGAAGAGAUUCAAGUGUGGCAGCAAGAUCGCGGCCACGGUUCAGCGCAUUGCCAAGGCGCGGCUGUCGAUGGCCGGCUUUAAGGCGGUACCUCAAGCCACACGGAACCGCUUCGAGUAUGAGGCAGCUUCAGCCGCGUCGGCUCCUUCAAACGCCCCGGCGAAGCGAAGGUCGCGCCCGAAGCUGAGGCUCAGAGUGAAGCAGGAGGUGAAGCAAGAGGAGUUGUCACCAACAUCGCGCACUGCGCCAAAGCGGCGGCUUCAGCCUGUUCAGGCAGUGCAAAAAGUGAAGGUGAAGAAAGAGCCCCAGGUGCCAUUCCAAGGCAAGAAGAAGCACAGCCGGCAGGAGGCCAGCGGGCCGUGCGCUUGCGCGGGCUGUCCGUACCAGGUCACCUGGCACCGCAGCCACUGCUGCAACCGCUGCGCCAAGGGCAUAGGCCACGGCAAGUGGUGCGACCGGAGGAAAGAGGAUGACGUGAUCCCGCCGCCCGAGCUUCCGGAGGAGUUGGAAAAGAUGCACCAAGAGGAGGCGGUGUCGGCCGGACGGCCUCGCUGGCGCCAGGGGGUUCUGAGGCCGAAAGGGCCGAGCGCUUCGACGCGGAAGAGCUGGGGACUGCGGAAAUGGCUCCCGUGGCUGUGGUGGAGAUCUGGAAGGCGCUCGGAGCGUCUCAGCCACCGCGGCCGCGGCCGCCGCCUCACCGUGGCGACCGGGGAGUCGUCGGUGGAACGGCCGUGCCUGCUGGUGGUGGAGGUGCCGGGGUGGCUGAUGCGUUUGCUGCUCUUCCAGCCAGAGAUCUCCUGGACAGUCGCCGCCUGCAGCCGCGCCUGCAGCCGCCAGCUGCUGGCGGACGCCGCUCAGCUCUGCGCGGAGCUGCGCCCUGCCUCGCAGAGCCUGGCACGACGCAGCAGCGCCUUGAUCGGUAGCUAA